AUGUCGUACCACUCCCCACACCCGUCCCAAACACAGUACCAGUUCGACGCAUCCACACCGCCGCCUCCGCCGCCGAAGCCCUCCGCUCACUCGAGCGGAAGAGGCACGCCGCUUACUGGCCCGCCGCUGCCCCCCACGCCGGCUCAGAUAGCCCAGGCCCAAGCAGAUCCGGCUUCCCAGUCGCCUCGGACUUAUGGCGGUCAGCAGCCGGCUGUAGUUGACCAGCAGCCGCAAAUUGAACUACCUGAAGAGGGCUGGCUUCCAGAUGUGCUGAAGGAUAAGAACACGGCUGACCUCCAGGCGGUUCUUGAGAAUCCCGAGCUCCAGAAAGCGCUUGCUCACUCGCCCGACACGGCCCACCCCUCCAUCGCCGCAUCUACCGUCGCGCUCAACGAGGCCUUGGCAGCCAACAUAGCACUGGCAGAGUCGUUGAAGAACCUUGAGUCACAUCUGCAGCACCAGCGCCAACAUACCCAGUCCCGGCUGCUUAGCCUUCGUGCCCUCGAGGGACAGUGGCGUGCGAAGCAAGCCGAGCAAGACGCUGCACUCAAGGACUUCAGCCCGCCAGCACUCUACCAGAGACUAAGCACUUCCAUCACCGAGCAAGAAGCGCUUUGUCGCGGUCUAGAAGAGAGCUUCCUUGAAGGCGAAGGUGGUGGGCAGGCGACCGAACGAGAGGUUGCAGAGUUUGUGAGACGGAUCAGGGAGGGCAAAAAGGUCGCAUACUUGAGGAGAGAGAGAAAGGAGAGAUGGGAUGAGGGAAGAGUUGGCGGCUGGCGAUGA